AUGUUGAACAAGGACAAUCUUCCGAUUGUCUCCCUUCUACCUCCCUCUGUGUCUGUCUCCGUCUCUGUUUCUAGCUCUGUGGGUCUGACUUCUCAGCUCACGAAGCUUGAUAUUGGGAGUGAUCCAUAUUGUCAGGAUGGACGAGUUGUGGUGAAUCGAACCUUGCUGGUUCCCACCCCCUUCGACCCACCACAUCUCGUUAUGGACAACCAGAUUGCGCCGUCGACUCUUUUGGAAUCAUGGGUGCGAGUGUUAGUCGGCCGUCACCUGAAAAUGCCGAUUCCCACUAGAACUAGUGCUGCGGGUACAGCCCCGUACCCUUGGAGGAUCGAGCUUCAUGCGGUUAACCUGCUCAGGCCAACGUCAGAUCCCUGGAAUCAUCGCUAUGACAGCUUCAAAAAGUUGGAUGCUGGACUGAUCAAGAGAACAAAGGACGCCAAGAGGCACGCGCGUGUGGUUCGAGAGCUGCCGGUAACACGUCGUACGAUUCUCAACAGCGUGGCCUUGGCUGUGUACGGAGAAGCUGCUUCGCCAUUUUGCCCAGAGUCAAGAGACAAAGCUGAGAGUCCCUCCCUUGGCUGCUGA